UCUUCGGAACAACCUUSUGCAGUCAGUUUUGAUUGUUUUUACGCUUCGAUCUGUAGCGAAAUGGUCAUGUAUGGCGCUGUUUAGGUCAAGUGUUAGUAAGCAAAGGGCUUUAGUUGUAAGGACGUGUUCUGUGGCAGUGCAUUAUGUGCAUUCGCAUCUACAAUACACAUCAGCGUGUAGCAAUUCACACGACCASAUAAAACAAAGAUUAAAAUUCCUGCCAAGUUAUCAGUGCAAAARCAAUGAGCUGAGCAUAAUURAAAAURAUAAGCCAUCAACACCGUUUACCAACCUCCUUAAAGAUGGCCGCAAAGAUUUUUUUAUAGACAAUAAAAUAUCGCCAAAGACUGCAUUAUUGGGAGGGUCAUCACCAAUUGACUGUUUGACAUCUCCAACCCAUCUGGCAUUGAUGUCAUUGAGCUAUGAUGAUAAAUGGUGUAAACACYUUGAGGCAGCCUACAACAAAGCAAUGAAAUCRAGAGAACUACUGGGCUAUAGCCAAAAUACUGGAGCAAUCAAAAGUAUUAYUAAUCCAUUGRAGGAGAUURAUAAAGUGCACCMAGAGAGAAUUMGAGUUAAAGAAAAUGAUGCACAMCAAGAUAUGUUGGCAUCAAAUAUUGUGAUGUUCAGUAAUCACUGYAAAGAUAUUGCUAAACAGAAAGAAAAAGAGACGAAAGUUGAUGACAAAUGUGAUCCUCUAUUAUUGGCAACAGUAUACCAAGMUCUACGAGAUGAGCUUCCUGCAUUUUUUCAAAAGGGACAUGGUUAUAAACAUUACCAUCAAAAUGUAAAAUUUGUAAAUGGACUAACUAAUGCUACAUUCAGUGGACUGAGGACUUACAAAUGUGUCAUGACGUCCAUGAGAUUAGCAGCACAGAUGUGUAUGUCAGAUAUCAGAAUGGAUAUACUGAAAAUCACUAAAGACAGCAAAGAAUGCAAUGUUAAAGUACGAUGGCGUGUUAGUGGAAUACCAAGAUAUGCAUCCAUAAUGGGAAACCCUAAAGAUGAAAAUAGCUGCAGGUAUAUUGAUGGAUUCUCAAUCUUUGAUGUUGAUGUCCAAGGCCUUAUAUACUGCCAUAGAUUAUUAAAGUUAAUGCCAAGCCAGUCUCCUCAGAAGGAUGAUCCUCUCUGGGCUCUGAAUACUGCUGCAGUAAUUGCCUUUCUAAGACAACAGAAGUCUUUUGAAAUGUUGGCACGUCAUCGUGUUGAAGACAUUGAGCAGACUUGUUUGCCCUUUUAGAGGCCAUUUGUGGUUAUCAAUUCUUAAGAAAUAUGUCAAGCAUUAUUUGAUAAAUGUACAAUAAUUGAGUGUUGUAUUAUUAUAUAUGCUGUUAUUUWCAAACUGUAUAAUAUUAAAUUAAUUUGAUGAUUU